GACGGCUGUCUACGGUCAAUGACACUGAUACACGUCAAUUUGAUGUAAUGUCAACUUUCAUGAAAAUAAUAUUUGUUUGAAUUGGUGCCACAUAUCAGCUUAUCUAAAAUAUACUUAUUUCCUAAUAUCAUUACCAUACAGUGAAAAUGAGUGACGAAAGACGUGUAGUAUUAGUGACCGGAGGUUCUGGCCUUGUUGGCCAGGCAAUAAGAAUAAUCAUUGAAGAAGAAAAGUCAUUAAACAAUGAUAGUGUUAAGAAUGAGUCCUGGAUAUUCUGUGGGUCGAAAGACGGAGACCUCAGAGAUAAGGCCCAAACAGAAGCCUUAUUUGAGAGACAUCGUCCCACUCAUGUGAUACAUUUGGCCGCCAUGGUUGGAGGGCUCUUCCACAACAUGGCACAUAAUUUAGAUUUCUUUAGGGAGAAUAUGGCAAUAAAUGACAAUGUACUAAGUGCCAGCCAUAAAAAUAAAGUCACGAAAGUCGUGUCGUGUUUAUCAACGUGCAUAUUUCCUGAUAAAACCACAUAUCCUAUUGAUGAGACUAUGGUUCACAAUGGCCCCCCACACACAUCAAACUUUGGAUAUAGCUAUGCCAAGAGGAUGAUUGAUGUAUUAAACAGAGGCUACCACGAGUCGCACGGUUGCACGUUCACGUCCGUCAUCCCGUGCAACGUGUUCGGUCCGCACGAUAACUUCGACUUGCAGUCCAGUCACGUCAUACCCGCGCUUAUCCGGAGGAUGGAUGAUGCUAUGCACAACGGUGACAAAACAUUCACGGUGAUGGGUAGCGGCAAGCCGUUACGUCAGUUCAUCUACUCUCUGGACCUCGCGCGGCUCUUCAUAUGGGUGCUCAGGAACUACGACAGCGUCGAACCUAUCAUCCUCUCAGUGGACGAAGCAGAUGAAGUAACAAUAAGUACUGUGGCGGAAAUGAUAAAGAAAGCUCACGGUUUCCCCGGAGACAUCGUGUACGACACCACGAAGGCCGACGGACAAUACAAGAAGACAGCUUCCAAUGCCAAACUCAGGAGUCUGUACAAAGACUUCAAAUUCACGCCCUUCGAAACCGCGAUACACGAUACUGUGGCGUGGUUCAAACAAAACCGGGAACAUGCUAGGACGUAACUCAUUAUGUACCUAUCAAUGAAAAUUAUAAUUUAUUUAAUAUAAA